UGGGUUGUAUGGGCUGGGUACAGAGCAACAGGCUGGAGCCUACUAUAACUUUGACCACUCAACUUAUUUGAUAUCUUCGACUCCUUUAGUCCUGUAGUAAUCGCACUCGCUAGACGCGUAGAUCGGCUGAGGGGCAGUUUUUCAUUAGCUGUGAUAAUGUAAGUCAGAUUAAAAGUGUUAAAAGUGUAAACUGAGCUAGCGAGCUCGUCGUCUGUUUUGUUGUUGUUUCAGCUAACGUUAGCUAGCGAAGGCUGCUCUGAGGUCUAGUGCGAAGUUGAUAACUUAGCUUGAUAACUUCGCCUCAGGUUCGGUCCUCGCUCGAGUUAAAAAUGAGUGCUGUAGACGAACUACGUUUCAGGAAACCAUCAACAAAAUGUUUUUGCCACAUUAAUAUCUCCUACUUUCACUGAGCUAUGAUGCUCCCGAGGAAGAAAAGUAAGAACGAAGCGUCCAAACCAGCAGAGGUCCAGGGGAAGUAUGUGAAGAAGGAGACGUCUCCUCUGCUCAGGAAUUGUUUCUUAUACAACUUCUACAAUGACAUUCUCAAACCCAAGGUCACUUUGCUAUACCCAGACUACUGACAGACAAUACAAGUAAAAAACUGAAGGAUAAGAACAUAUUUCCUUCACGAAUGCCCUUUAUUUUUGCACUGAAGAUGCAAAACUGGCUUAAAAUCCUGGCACGGUAUUGGGUUGGAUUUGACAUUUUUCCAUCCAUUACACUGAAGCAUUUUAUGUGGUGAAAGUGUGUGGUGUUGACUGAUAUAAAACAGAUCCUUGAAAUGAACCUAGGUUGUCUAUUUGCUAAUUUUCCUCGCAGAUCUUAUGCCCUCGUUUAUCCGUCAUGGGCCAACGAUUCCACGGCGAGUAGAGGUGCCAUUGACCGAAGCCCCAGCGGUACCUGGUGCCAGCGUGUACCCACUGAGUUCGGCAGCAGGGACGGACGCAGGUGGACGAAAGAGUUUCCUGCGGAACGCAACACCUCGGCCUCAGCAUGAGGUUUCACGGAGAGACAGCCAUCGUUUGUCUGCACCAACGUAUCUUCCACGCUCGCUCUCUGACCUCCCUCACGACUACUCCUCUUCUACCCCAUCAUUCAUCAGCGAUGGUGGACCGAUAACUGAGAACGGAGAUGUGGCCCGUUACUACUAUCCCCCCGAGGCGUACUACGAUAACCAGCCCAGACGCACACGCCGACCUGAUCACUUCCACGACGACUACAGAUAUUACGAGCACAGCGAACUCAAUUAUCCACGAGGCCCUACACAGCCCCAGACACCCCAACCUCACAGUCGCCCCCCUGCAGCUAUUGGACGCAUGCAGGCAAAGUCUUUAGGCAAUCUGGCAAGUUUGAGUGGAGAAGAGACGGCCCUUCCACCUGGCUGGACGGUUGAUUGGACGAUUCGAGGCAGAAAGUACUACAUCGACCACAACACAAACACUACUCACUGGAGUCACCCGCUGGAGAGGGAGGGGCUUCCACCUGGCUGGGAGAGGGUGGAGUCUGCAGAGUUUGGAGUUUAUUAUGUCGACCACAUCAACAAACGGGCUCAAUACAGGCACCCGUGUGCUCCCAGUGUUCCACGCUAUGACCAGCCUCCGCCCCUACCUCCACCAAUCACUUACCAGCCCCGUCCUCCAGAGCGGAAUCAGCCGGUGCUAGUGCCAGCAAACCCCUACCACACCGCUGAGAUCCCUGACUGGCUCCAGGUCUAUGCCAGAGCACCUCUUAAGUAUGACCACAUCCUAAAAUGGGAGCUGUUCCAGCUAAUGGAUCUGGACACGUAUCAGGGCAUGCUGAAGCUGCUGUUCAUGAAGGAGCUGGAGCGCAUCGUUAAAUCAUACGAAGCUUACCGUCAGGCGCUGCUCACUGAACUCGACAUGCGCAAACAGCGGCAGCAGUGGUACGCUCAACAGCCAACUAAAAACUUCCCUCACAACAUGUGAAAUGCAGGAGACUGACAUCCGGGAACACACAUGCCUUAAUACGUACACCGCCAAGCCUUUAAAGGCGUUUGCCUCUGUGUGUGCCUUAGCAGUGGCCUGCAGCAUCAAGUGUGGACUCCACACACACACACACACACACUCCAACAUAGGUCAGAGGCUCGUAGGGUUCUCUCAGACUGCACAAGAGUAAAAGUGAGAGCUGCACACCUAAGAGCGAUGUUUGUAUAAUGAAAACUUUAUCCACUUUAUAGCCUGAAGGAUUAGGUGUAUGGCUGAAUUAAUGACAAUGCGUUUCUGGAAGACCUUCCAGCCAAAAUACUACGAAAAGUGCUACAAUGAACAUUACACACUAUCCAGUUUAGAUACUACAGUUCAGAUAGACACUACAGUGCCUUUUGGAUACUGGGACCUGUGAAUCACCUUCCUGAACUAAAUAUCUUUCUCACACACACACACACACACGUACAGCUCUUCCUGUGUUUCAAUUGUCUGAGGUAUGCUAUAAUCCUGUCUGUUCUUUUCUUCGGCCUGUGCGGCCUUUCAGCCUGUAGCACAUACUCUUCUGCCUUCAGCCUAUGGACAGUGAAGCUUUUAUACGGACUUUUUCCUGACAAUGACAAUCCAGCCAGCUCUAAAUGUAAAAGGGUUUGUGAAUUUUUCCAAAGGAAUAUGUCUUUAUUUAAAGACUAGAUUUUGUCAGCAGAAGCAUCACAUGUGAUGCAGGGCAAGUGUGAGCUUUUUAUCUUUAUGUAUGUGUAUUUGUUUUUCCUGCAUAAUGAAACGAUAUAUAAACUAAACUAUAUAAACUAAA